UUAUUAGUUAUCUAUAAAAAAUGAAAACUAUCCAAAAAUAGCAGUUUUUUAAAAAAUAUUUUAAAAUACAAUCUAUUGAUUAUAUAUUCUGAAAGAAUACUCAUCUAUAAUCAAAAGUUCGUAUCCUAAUUUCUAUAUCACAAUGUCAAAUCUACAAUAGUUCAAUAUAAAAAUGAAAACUUUCCAAAUAUAGCAGUUUUAAAAACAAUAUUAAAAAAAAUACAACCUAUUGAUGAAAAAUUCUGAAAAAAUAUUCAUCUAUCAACAAAAAUUCUUUUUAUCCUAUUUUUUAAAUUAGAAUCCAAAAUCUACAAUAGUUCUCUUUAAAAUAAAAAAAAAUCAAGUUUUUUUAAAAAAUAUUAAAAAAAUGCAACAUAUUCAUGAAACAUUCUGAAAAAAUACUCAUCUUUCAUAAAAUUUUUUUGUUAUCCUAAUUUAUAAAUUAGAAUCCCAAAUAUAUAAAUUUCUCUAUAAAAAUGAAAACUUUCGAAAAUAAUAGUUCUUAAAGAAAUAUUUUGCAAAUGCAACCUAUUGAUGAAAAAUUCUGAAAGAAUACUCGUUUAUCAACAAAAAUUCUUUUUAUCCUAAUUUAUAAACCAUAAUCCUAAAUAUACAAUAAUUCUCUAAAAAUUCUAUUUGUAUAGAAUUAUGCAUCAUUCUCCAUAAUUUAGUUACUUUCUUUCCUAUAAUUUAAAAUAAAAGUGGGAAUUUUAAAAACAAAAUUAAAAAUUUUAGAGACUUUUUCAAUUUAUUUUGAACUUAUUAGUAUUUUUGAUUAAAAAAUAAAAUUUGGGUAUUAAAAUGAGCACAAUUUUAAAAUUUUGUGUAUUAAAAUUGGUAAAAUAAUUAGUUGAGAUAUUAAAGUAGGUACCGAAAUGGUUUGGGUAUUAAAAAACAUAGCAAAAUUUAGUUGGGGUAUUUUUAUGGAAUUUUUCCUUUUUUAACAACCACUUUUUAAUCAUGCCACAAAGUCUUUGUCAAUGUAAGUUUUCAAAAACAUUCAAAUUGUGAACUUAGAUAUGUAUUUUGGAGUUUACCCAUAUUUCCAAUAUGUCACUAUAUCCGACCAAACCCGAGUGAAACCGAACCGCCACCAAAUUGAACUAUUACAAUAUCUGAAUGAGACUAAAUUUUUGCUUCCAAAACAUGUAAAUCCGAACUGAUCCUAAAAUGAAAUCCGAAAGUUCAUUCCUACUGUGUUGGGUUGGCUGGUGGCGGCUAAUCUGUUUUUUUCCUUUGUAUUUUGAAUUAGGGUUUCGACUAACCCGUUCUGAGUGGACCGGAAAGUUGUUGAUUUAUUUUCAGUUCAUUUGUAUUUAUUUUGUUCUUAUGUUUUUCCACAUGUCUUUGUAAACAAAAUUAAUACGAAGAUCUUUUUUUUUAAAAUAUCUUCCCUAAUAUUACAAUUACAUAAGAGGUUAUAAGUUUAAGCAAAACAAAUGAUCAGUCAUAAUCAAAGAUUUUAUUAUUUUUGAUUUUUUAAUUUAAUUAUUUUUAUAUAUAUUUUUCUUUGCGGAUUUAUUUUAUAUUUUAAGUUAUAUAACUAUUUAUUUUGGAUAUAAAUCUAGUGACUAUAAUUAUUACUUUUUUUAUACAGGUCCAGUGACUAACAUCCAAUCCAAAUUAAUUAUUUGAUUUUUGUGUGCCUAUCUAUAAAGUUUCUUUAUGCAUGCCUACCAUAAAGCUUCUUGAAAUUAGUAUCUAAAAUUUAUCAUAUUUUAACAUAAUCUGAUCUUUUGUUUAAAUUUAAUACUAAACAUAAAUAGAUUAAUUAAAAUAUGACCACCUAUUAGGAAGAAUAUCUCAUGAGUUCUCAAAUGAGAUACUUUUCUUCUUCUUUUUCAUUUUCAUUCAUUUUUGGAUGAUAAUCUGUAGAAAAUCUUUCAUUGGAUGUGUUCUAAGUUAAUUUUUUUAAUAUCUCUUACCAACUCUAGUUAAUUCUGAAAACAAAAGGAUUUUGUUCUCCUGUUCAUUCUCCACGCACUGCUAUUUUCCUUGUUUAUAUAUGGACUAAUAUUUCCAAUGUAAUUUACAAAUUCCUCCUAUACAGAUCCAUCUAUAUAUAAUCAAAUUGUGAUGUAAAUGAUUAUUUUGUCACAAACCUAGACCAUAACAGAUAAUAUAAUGCAGCAAGAGCAUCUUUUGUGGGAACUGGAGGAAAGUAUACUCUCUCGGAUUCCACUGAAAUCUGUAGCUCGAUUCAGAUCUGUUUGCAAACGAUGGAACACUCUUUUAAAUGAUUUGAAGUUCAUUAACAAUCAUUUGGCUCGUCCACAGUUCGUCUUGAUUUCCGAAUCUAAGACUUGUUCAGUAGACGUUAAUUUCGACGGUCCUUCUAUAGAAGUGCAUGACUUACCCUCCGAUAUUCCCAACUAUGAACAUAGGAUGGUCAUGAGAAUGCACUAUUGCGAGGGAUUAUUGAUUUAUGCCACAUCUACGGGCUUCGGGAUUUGCAACCCAUGGUUAAGACGUAUUAGAUGGAUCAAAUCGAAACCAUCAUUUUGUUGGUUCAUUGGGAUGGGAUACGACUAUAGUAAACCCGACAACCAUUACAAGAUCUUUGGGUCUCGUAUGAAUUAUGACACCAGGUAUGUUAAUACCACGGAGGUUGGAUCCAAUGCAUGGAAAUCGUACGAGUUUUCAUCCCAUAGCUGGAGUAUGAUUUGCUCUAGCUAUACUAUAUCUCUGAAUGGAACUUUGUAUUGGAUUGCUGUUAAAAAAAGUGCACGCCAGCCUCUUAUUCUAAGUUUUGAUUUUUCUAUUGAAAGUCUCAAACCCUAUUGUAACUUGCCUGGCAAAAACGAUCUAUCAAAUGUUAGAGUUCUUGAGAUUUAUAGGAGAGAUCGAUUUUCUAUUUUAGAGCAAGACUGGAACACAAGGAAUAUUGAGAUUUGGGUGACAAAAGAUACGAUUAAAAAUGGGGAUGGAGAAUCCGUAGAGUGGAUGAAGUUCAUGAAUGUGCUAGUUCCUAUAUGGUCAAAUAUAGUAGUUGACGACUUAGAAAGACCAAGUUACUUCAUCGACGAGAAAAGUAAUGGUCUCGCAUUGUGUUGCAUUAAUAAAAACGGAAAUACGUGUAUUUAUAUUGUCAAGGGAGAUAAGUUUCACGAAAUUGAAAUAAAUGAGUUGGUUGGGUUUGGAACUCGUCAUCUUACAUACUAUCCGAGUUUCGUUCCACUUCCUACUGGGGCGAACGAUGCCAAGUCCCAUUUUGCAUUCCCCAGAGGAGUAGAAGCGACCAAUGGAGUUGGAGAAAACGAAUGGGACGAUGGCUUCUUCGAUAAUGUGAAGAAAAUAAGUGUGGGACAAAGUGAUACUGGCGUGGCCUUUGUCAAAUUUGAUUACUCCAACAACAAGGCAGUUGUAAUCGGAGCCGUUCACGGGAAUGCAACACAUAUUACAUAUGAUGACGUUUUAAUCGAUGAUGAUGACUACAUUGAAGCUGUCGAGGGCACCUACAACGACAACUACAUUACCUCCCUCACGUUCCGGUUGCACAAGAGAAAAAUAGCGCCCCGAUAUGGACCCGAGGAUGGGACGCCAUUUGUGCUCCGAGGAGGAGGAGGCAGGAAGAUAAUCGGGUUUUACGGAAGAAACACUGAUGUCUACCUCACCGCUUUCGGUGUCCAUCGCAACGUCCCCUUCUAGAUUUUUUAUUUCCUACCAAACAUUUAAAAAUAUUACUGCAUCAUUAUUUAUAGUGAUGUUUAAACAUAAUGUUAGAAAGACUUAUUAUUUUACCAUUUUUAUUUGUA